CUGUGGUUUUCAAUUGGUGGAGGAGGGAAUUUUCUGUAGCGGAAGACUGAGUCUGCGUGGAGACGGAGCUCCGUCUAUGUUGUCUGUGACGUUAUCAGACGGCGACACGCCGCGACAAAAUAAAAUAGACAAUCCAAGAACUCGUGAUCUUCUGAGAGAAGAAAAUGAAGGCAAGACGCGCAUUACAUUUUGUCUUCAAAGUCGGCGACCGAGCUCAGACCAUCCGUUUUUACCGAGAACUACUGGGCAUGCGUGUCCUGAGGCAUGAAGAAUUUGAAGAAGGUUGCAAGGCCACCUGCAACGGUCCCUAUGAUGGCAAAUGGAGUAAAACCAUGGUCGGCUACGGACCGGAAGAUGGCCACUUCGUCGCCGAGCUAACAUACAACUACGGUGUGGGGAAUUACCACCUUGGCAAUGAUUUUCUGGGGAUGACCGUUACCUCGAGCCAGGCUGUGAAAAAUGCCAGAAAAUUGCAGUGGCCCGUGAAGGAGACCUCAGCUGGCAUUUAUGAAUUAGAAGCUCCGGGGGGAUAUAAGUUCUUUCUGGAAGACAAAGAACGACCCCAAGAAGAUCCAGUGCUGAAGGUGACGCUGGCUGUAUCCAACCUGUCGAAAUCGGUGGAUUACUGGUCCAGGUUGCUGGGCAUGAAAGUGUACGAGAAGGACGAAGGCAAGAAGAAAGUUGUGCUCGGUUACGCCGACAACCAGUGUAAACUCGAGCUGCAAAGCGUCGGCCAGGAUGUGGAUCACGGCACAGCCUUCGGACGCAUCGCCUUCUCUUGCCCGAAGGAAGAGUUGCCUGUUAUUGAAGCCUUAAUGAAAAAGGAGUACCAGAAGAUUUUGACGCCUCUGGUGAGCCUGGACACACCCGGGAAAGCAACGGUACAAGUGGUCAUUUUGGCCGAUCCUGAUGGCCACGAAAUUUGCUUCGUGGGGGACGAGGCCUUCAGAGAGCUCUCCAAGGUGGACCCGAACGGCGAGAAGCUCUUGGAUGAGGCAAUGGCGGCCGAUAAGAGCCACGAGUGGUUUGCCAAACAUAAUCGCCCAAAGCCUUCGGCAUAACCCACCUACGAUUCCUUCUGAGCCUGGCAAACAGGAAGUCUAAAUCCCACCUCCGCGGUAUUGCCAGAGUUUUCUCUUUUUUCUUUUUAAGUUUCUUUUCCCCACCUCUUCUGGCUCCUGCGAGGUUUCGCGGUGAGGGGGGGGGGGCGUCAUUGUGUAUUCCAGCUCACGCAACCCUAGCUUUCUACCAGACCCAGUCGUGACGACCGUUUUGCUGAAUUACUUUUCUCAUUCCAAUGAAAAU